AUGUCAGGGCCGGCAGCUCAACUGUCGCCUCAGCAGCUUGAAGCACUUCUGAAUGGACCAGCUGGACCGCCACCUCCCGGGGUUAGGCCUGACUUUGAUAAUCCUGCCAAUUUAAACGGUCUAUUCAUCUUGACCUUGACAUUGUGUUUGGUAUUUGCAGGCUUUGCUGUAUUGAUGCGGAUCUAUACCAAGCUCUUCCUCAUUCGGUCUUGGGACUACGAAGAUUAUGCGAUCAUACUAGGAUGGAUAUUCCAGAUUGGACAAGCUGUACCGUCAAGAAUGGCUAACAAAGAUGGACGUGGAGUUCACAUGUGGGACAUACAAUUGAAAACGUUUUCAAGACUACUUUAUGAUGUCCAUGUUCAUUCAAUCAUGUACAGUUUCACCGUGUUCUUUAUCAAGCUCUCGAUCCUCCUCCAAUACCUGCGCAUCUUUGUCCCUACUCGAAAAAGCAACAUGGCCAUGUUCCUUACGACCCAUGUUGUUAUCUGGAGCCUUUUUCUCUUCUAUCUACUGGAUGUUGCAUUUACCAUUGGUCUGUGUAAUCCCCGCAGAAAGAUAUGGCAGCCGUGGUUAUCCAACGGCCAUUGCUAUAGCUCUGGCGUGUGGAGUCUGGCCAGCGGCACGUUUAAUGCUGUCUCCGACAUCACUAUUUUGAUCCUGCCCAUGCCUUGUCUAUGGAGACUCCAGAUUCCGCUGAAGAGUAAAUUGACCACGAUUGGGAUAUUUGCAACGGGUUCCUUUGCUUGUGUGACGUCCGUCUUACGGACAUACUACACCUGGAAAGUUGUGAAAGAGCCGGACGUCAGCUAUAACAUGAUCCUGAUGGGCCUUUGGACUCUGGCCGAGGUCGCAACCGGAAUCAUUAUCAGCUGCCUUCCCGUCCUGCCCAGAUUCUUCCGACACGCCGGUCCCAUAUUGUAUCGAGCGUUCUCGCUCGGAUCCAAGUCUUCAUCAUCUUCCGGCUCUGCGAAUACGGGGAGAAAUGCGAGACCCUGUUUGACGUCUCCUACAGUGUCUAUGGCUAGAACACCGAGAACCCUGAACAAUUCCCGUAUUUCCAAGGCACACGUCAAAGGCGAGUACACAGAGAUGGAAGAGUACGAUGCAACGAUUUCACAAGCGACCGCUACGCACCAGUUGCGCCCCGGACCGAUCAAUUCCAAUCGUGAAGUGGAGAGUGGGGGGUAUGGCUUCCCCCUUCGGGAUACGUUUUAUGAGGAGACGCGGCUCGAUACGUCCUUCUAG